AAGUUCCCCGCCUGCUGCUGCUGCUACUGCUGUGUGUAUAAAACCCUGAGCCACUCCUGAAGACACUUUGUUCAUUUCAUUUGGGGACAACGCAUCUACUGCUUCUGCUUCAUUCCCCUCAAGAGAUUUGCCCUUUGUGCAGAGACAGGGGAGGGCUAUUUUUUUUUCCGUCCAAUUGUGCUGGCAGGUUGGUGGCAGGGAGGCUGGGAUGGAAGGGAUGCUGGAGAUGGAGGCCCAAAGGCUGGAAGAGCAGCUGGAGCUGGAGAGGAGACAGGUCAGAAGGAACAGACUGCAGCUGGUGUCUGCAGUGGCCCAGUGGAUAGUAUUGCUCUCCUGCUUGGUCUAUCUUGGUCUUGGUUUCCUGCAUCCCCCUACGACUCCAAAAUCCCAGUGGAUCGAAGUUGCAGUCAGAGAUAACGUCUCCAAGGAGAAACGCAUCAAUAUCUCUUGGAAUCGGGGCACCAUGAACGUCAGUAACCUCUCCAUCCCGAUCUACUGUGAUGGCUUCUACCUGGUCUCCCUGAAGGGAGCUAUCAAGACAAUGGGCCAGAAGAAUGUCUCACUGAGCCUUAAUGUGUACAAGCGGUCCCAGGACUCCAUCUUGGGUGUGAAGGUCACAGAGGAGGUAGUAGAUUUGGUGACAGUGUCCGAGAUGCGGUAUAAGGAUGAAGUCUACUUGGAGGCCUACAUAGAUGCCAAAUACAAAGAUUUGACAUUGGGCCUCUUCUUACUGACUCCUCGCUCAUACUGCGUAGAUGACAUGGAUAAAAUGUAAAGUAAUGCCCCUGCGAUCAAAUAAAACUGGGAAUUGGAACCCAGCACCUAAACUCAUGGGAGGGUUAUGUCCAAUAGGCUAUACACGUGCAAAAAAACCUACCCUGGCCUCACCUCUCAGGGGCUUGUGGCAUGUCUGAGUGAGAGAGUUCUCAUGGCUAGUGCAAAUAAGCCAAUGUGCAAAUGGUCUUUAUACAGCACAUGUCCUGUUCCUCUCUUUGGGGCUCACCACAGCUAAUUUGUUAGCUGAAAUGGGAGAAAUGUACAGUGCCCUCAAGAAGAAUGAAGAGGACCCCACUGAAAAUUACCAGUGCUUGCCUCAGAGUCAGAGGAAUCCUGGAUUCUCUAUUUAUUUGAUAAUAUUUGUAUAUAAUUGAAAUUCUGUGUACAUUUACUGAAAACAGUCACUUCAAUCAAGAAGGGACCUGGUUUGUCUUGAAGCCACCUGGGCAAGUAGAAGACUCCAGGGACCCAGCACGCAAUCUUUGCCUCGUUGUGAAGGAAAAGAUGGAGAUGGCAGCAACGUGUCCCCUGCGGUAAUCCAGAUAAAUGUGCUCUGAAAGACUCAGGAAAUGAAAAAGAUACAAGUGUUUGGAAGUGAGAGAAGGCGGCUGGAAAGGACCAGUGAGAGACUGUUAGGAAUGGCUUUUAAAAAAGACAGACAGACAAAUUAAAAUGCUGGCAGUGUCUAAUCUGCAAACUCAGUGGCACCAUAGGCACAUGUGCAUGGUCCAGGCAUGCGAGUGGUCCAGUUGGCAACAGGAUACUCCUGUUUGAGGUUAGGCAUGUGCAUAAGUGCUUUGCUGGUCAGGGUUUGUACAAGUUCUUGCUCCUGUGUGCCCAGAGUUUAGGGAUGGCUGCUGCAAACCUGGUAGGUGUGCAUGAGGAAGACCCCCCCCCCCCCGCCCCGAGAUGCACCUUGGUGACUGCAGAUCCUAGCAUUCUUUACUCACACAUCCCGUGUGCAAGAAAAAGUUUCCCUCCUGCACAUAGGCGCCAACUCCAUGGGUGCUCUGGGGCUGGAGCACACACGGGGAAAAAAUUGGUGGGUGUGCUAUUGCCUUAGUUGCAAGACAGGAGAACUUUGAAGUCCUGGCAAGUGGAGUGCUUUCUCCUGAUCUUUCAUCUUAAAAAAAAAAAAAAAAAAAAAGAGAAAGAAACCAACCCCAGGAAAUUCAAUUUAAGCAACAACUGUUAAAAAAAUUGAGACUCUGUGGCUAAUCACUGAUAUCAGGGAAUGCCACAGUUAGUGUUGAACUAACAGAACCCACAGAACCCAGCUCUCUUGCAUGUAUACCUAUAACAAUAAAGUCUUUAAACAUCUGAUCUCAUACUAUUUCUCAAAUACUGCAUAUCAUACACGUUUUCUUCAACUUUAGAUAUACAUUUGAAACAUCUUCUAGUGCUUUGUGUAUGCCAGAUGAGUUUGUGUAAUUAAUUUGCAUGAAAAAGUAUAUACUAGAUGGGACUUACCCAAUGUAAAUAUAGCAAUAUGGAGCAAAAGUGAAAAUGAACUAGGGUGUAUAUGUGUGUGUGUGUGUGUGUGUGUGUGUGUGUGUGUGUGUGUGUAAUUAAAUUUGCAGCUAAGUUAAUUUCAUCCCCGAAUGGAAGUUUGGGUUGCUGGUUGAAAAGAUAGUAUAUAGAUGCUGACAAAAGUACUAAAAUACAUUCUGUAGGAAGAAAGGACUGCACCUUGUAAAACCCCUACGUCAAUAAAGAUACAGGCUGGGUUUUCAAAGGUGCCUAAUGGGAGCUGGACCAGAUUUCCCAAUAAGUGUACUGGGAACAGGGCCUCCAAAUCAUUAAAUGGCAUUGAAAAGCUUGCUACAUUUUAAGGGACUGGAAUGACAAAUUAGUAGUGUAAAUAUAAAAAAAAAUGCAGAUAUUAUUAUGAAUAGGUAACAUGUAACUAAGUUUGUAG